ACAGCCGCGAGGUGACCGAUCCACUCGGGUGCCACGGGACGUGGUGUGAGGACUAAAUUAAUGGUUCACAGACCACCAGCAAACACAGCCGAGGUGACUGAUCCACUCCGGUGUGACAGGACGUGGUCUGAGGACAAUUAACUUUAAUUCCAGCUGCUAAUCUGGCCCAUGAGGCUGAAAACCGGAGGCUAAGUGGCCCGGAGGCCGCGGCCUUAACCUGGAAGGAAACGGCGGCGGCGGGGAAUAAACUUCCUGGGUUGUCAGGCGGCCGGGGAAGAAGAGACGCGUGAAGGGAGAGAUGGAGCAGCGGCGCAAAUAGCGGGUUCCAGCUGAUGCUCCAGCUUCUAUGUAAUGAUGCCGUCACGUACCAAUCUGACUGCUGGCAUUCCCAGUAGCAAAGUCAAAUAUUCCAAGCUCUCCAGCACUGACGAUGGAUAUAUUGACCUGCAGUUCAAGAAGAGCCCACCAAAAAUCCCCUACAAGGCCAUCGCACUGGCGAUCGUGCUCUUCAUGAUCGGGACCUUCCUCAUCAUCAUCGGCGCCCUCCUCUUGGCCGGAUACAUUAGCAAAGGUGGAACCGACCGCGCCAUCCCCGUCCUCAUCAUCGGGAUCCUGGUGUUUCUCCCGGGCUUCUACCACCUGCGCAUCGCCUACUACGCAUCCAAAGGCUACCGGGGCUAUUCCUACGAUGACAUCCCGGAUUUUGACGAUUGAACAAUGUAUUAAAUUGCAUUUCUAAUUAGGUUGGCGAUCUCGCUGUGCGCUAGAAACUGUUCUGAGCAACCACACUAAGGCUUUAGCUGCGUGUGCUGCUGCCCGACGCAGCCGCUGCCAUCAGCGCUGGGCUGUGCUGAGCUUUGGAUCCGCAGAGCCGGGGACGGGGCUUAACCUCGCCAGGUCAGGAUUCGCUUGUUGAACCUCACACUCAGCCCUCCUUAAACAUACCAAGACCCCGGGCUUGUAAUCGCUUUGUUUCAGGGUCCAAACACCCGUUUCCUUUUGUUGUGCGGUGUGACCGUGUCUGUUUGAACGUGGCCUGCGCUGAUACUCCAGAAUUAUCACGUGCGCCUUGUGGACUGGGCGUUUUUGGCAGGAAGAGGGGCGGGUUAUCACCGCCUGCGCAGAGCAGGUCUGUGGAGAUGCUGAGAUGAGAACAGCGCUCGAUAAAAGCCUCGCUCUGAAAGUCCUCUGAAAAUCGCCCAUUUUCCUCCUCCGACGUUCUCCGUUAAACCCAAACCCUGAGCUAAGGUCUUUUUUUAACCUACAUCUCACCCUCAUUUGGCUUAAUUGGCUGCGCUCUGAGGAACGGCUGAUUGAAUUUGGGAUCUCCCUCUGCACGUUCUCUGCUGCGUCACAUCAGCCUCACGUUCCCGGCACCGACUCUUCCCACAUGUUGUCACAUCCUUGGCAGCAGCUGAAAUGCGGCAAUUAAAGCCGGGUCUGGGCCGGGAGAGCGGCUGCUGACGCAAAUGGUGAAUCAGCCGCUAUUAGGGGAUAAGAAUGUGGGGUUUGUUUGGGUUUUGGGAAAGGGGAGAGGAAGCGGAAGGGAAGCUUAGAUGGCAAAAGAAAAGCGGGAGGGAGAAGAUGCUUUCCAGUGGGGCCGAGAAGAUGCGGAAAGCUGGGUUGACUCAAGGAUAAGGAAAUGCAGGGGGUAGGAGAACACGCUGACAUUUCUGGAGGAAAGGCAAUUAAUAAGUGUGGUUUUUAUUUGACAGAAGCAAAGUUCUCAGGCAGCACAGUGUAUAAAUAUGAACAGUCUCUGCCCUGAUGCUCAGGGCUGUCUGCAUGAGGGAUGGCCAAAGGGAAAUCUUCCUCUCUACAGGGAUUGUUUUAUGUCUAAUUUGGGGAAAAAGAGGCACUUUGGGGAAAGAAAAAAGCUCUGGGGACCCCUGGAAAAAUGUAGAUCCAGGCGACUUCAUUUGUUGAGCUGAGAUCUUGCAUUCUAAGCAUGGUUUUCCUCCGGAGUUGGUCUCUAGAUGUUCCGAUGUCAAUUAAUUGCCAGGGUUCAAUUUUCUCUCGCCAAGUAGUUUACAUUUAUUUCAAGAGAUUGGAAAAUUCGACUGCAAACACUUGGUUUCUCCGAGCCCGAUCAGUGGUGCUCUGGUGUAGGUUUGAGUGGAAUCGGUGCCGUCGGCAUUUUUAUUUGUUAAAAUAUUAGAUCCUUGGUUCCCCUCCUGUAAAAUCACGACUGUUGUGGGUUUGGGGCGAACUGAGUCACUACAGUGAUGUGGGGAAGAGGAAAACGCCUGGGAAGAGGUUUCUGGUUCUAGAGCAGGACUUGAAUGAUAAAUAAGGCACCGGCCAAACGCCGAUGAAUGAGGAUAAUACUGAAUAGCUGGUUGCUUUAUCGAGCAUCACCCACUCUGGGCAGCUGUCUACCAGAAAUAAAUAGUUGGCAUUUAUAUAGCUCCAUGGGGUAUUAUGAUGCACAGAAGCUCUGGAGAAAGAACACGCACCCAGAUUUUCGGCUUUUCUCUAGGAGUGCUUGAAUUUGGGUAUUCUCAGUGAUGUUCUUCUGUGGUAGAUUUAUAUGAUUAUGUAUUUAAUACCAUAAAGUUCCUGGGAAGACAUUGGGAAAUGUGAUUCUAGAGUCUUUUGGUCAGCAGUCCCACGAAAAUUCCCCCCCCAUGUAUUACUUAUAAAAGCAAAGACCCAUUUGAAGUAAAUGUCUUGAUUUUA